UUUCUCCUCAAGUCCUGAAGUUGAGUUUGAGAGGCGACACGGCGGCGGCGGCCGCGCUGCUCCCGCUCCUCUGCCUCCCCAUGGAUAUGCACUGCAAAGCAGACCCCUUCUCCGCGAUGCACCCAGGGCACGGGGGUGUGAACCAGCUCGGGGGGGUGUUUGUGAACGGCCGGCCCCUACCCGACGUGGUGAGGCAGCGCAUCGUGGAGCUGGCCCACCAGGGUGUGCGGCCCUGUGACAUCUCCCGGCAGCUGCGGGUCAGCCAUGGCUGUGUCAGCAAAAUCCUGGGCAGGUACUACGAGACUGGCAGCAUCAAGCCUGGAGUGAUUGGCGGUUCCAAGCCCAAGGUGGCAACGCCCAAAGUGGUGGACAAGAUUGCUGAAUACAAGCGGCAGAACCCAACUAUGUUCGCCUGGGAGAUCCGUGACCGGCUGCUAGCUGAGGGCAUCUGCGACAAUGACACAGUGCCCAGCGUCUCAUCCAUCAACAGGAUCAUUCGGACCAAAGUUCAGCAGCCUUUCCACCCAACACCGGAUGGCGCAGGGACAGGAGUGACUGCCCCUGGCCACACCAUCGUUCCCAGCACGGCCUCCCCUCCCGUUUCCAGCGCUUCUAAUGACCCAGUGGGAUCCUACUCCAUCAAUGGGAUCCUGGGGAUUCCUCGCUCCAAUGGUGAGAAGAGGAAACGUGAUGAAGUCGAGGUAUACCCUGAUCCUGCCCACAUUAGAGGAGGUGGAGGUUUGCAUCUGGUCUGGACUUUAAGAGAUGUAUCUGAGGGCUCUGUCCCUAAUGGAGACUCCCAGAGCGGUGUGGACAGUUUGCGGAAGCACCUGCGAGCCGACACCUUCACCCAGCAGCAGCUGGAAGCUUUGGAUCGGGUAUUUGAACGACCUUCCUAUCCAGAUGUCUUCCAGGCAUCAGAGCACAUCAAAUCAGAACAGGGGAAUGAGUACUCUCUCCCGGCCCUGACCCCUGGGCUUGAUGAAGUCAAGUCAGGUCUCUCUGCAUCCGCCAACCCCGAGCUGGGCAGCAAUGUGUCAGGCACACAGACAUACCCCGUCGUGACCGGUCGUGAUAUGGCGAGCACCACUCUACCUGGUUACCCCCCUCAUGUGCCCCCCACUGGCCAGGGGAGCUAUCCUACCUCCACCCUGGCAGGAAUGGUGCCUGGGAGCGAGUUCUCAGGCAACCCCUACAGCCAUCCCCAGUACACCGCCUACAACGAGGCUUGGAGAUUCAGCAACCCUGCCUUACUAAGUUCCCCUUAUUAUUAUAGUGCCGCCCCCCGGGGCUCCGCCCCUGCCGCUGCUGCCGCUGCCUAUGACCGCCACUAGUUACCGCGGGGACCACAUCAAGCUUCAGGCAGACAGCUUCGGCCUCCACAUCGU